AUGGGAGUAGCUGGAUCUCAUUUUACUAAGCGUAUCCGAAGGUUUAACGUAAUCGAACGGACAGAACGAGUAAUAAACAAAGAUAAACCUAUACCAGCGCCAUUGCACAAAGCGGACGCUGAGCGGCUGAAACAACUCCUUAAAGAUGAUCCACAGCUAAAAGAAGAGCUUGUGAAUAAAAAUUCAACUCUUGGAAAGAAUUUACACAGUGUUUACGUUACAUCCAAAGGUGAUUUACCUAAUAUAUACCCCCAAUCAAAAACCAAGUUACCACAAAAUCGAGUUCAAGAAUUUAAUACUGCGUUCACGUUUCAAGAACCAGAAAAUGUUCCUGCAGGACGGUAUACACUUACCCAAAUUACUGAAUGUAUAGCUGAUCAUUAUAAAGAUAAACAAAUGUACACAUCAGAAGUUUUAGCUGAUCGAGUUAAAAUUGAUAAGAAAUUAAUGGAUAAUAUACUAAAAUACUACAGGGUAUUUGAUAUGUAUGUACCAGAAAAGAUGGUAGAAAAGAAGAAGUCUCCUAAAUUGUUCUUAAGUAAUGCCAUUGACAAGAUUAGACAUAGCUUAGAAAUAGAUAAAUAUAAGGAAGAACGAAAACAGAUCGGUAAAGAUUAA